AUGAAACUUCUGAUUGACUCAAAGAAUCAGAAAGUUCUCUUUGCUGAAGCUUCCAAACCCGUCAUUGACUUUCUCUUCAACUUGCUCUGCCUCCCUGUUGGAACUGUGGUCAGGCUCCUCAAUGAGAAAGGCAUGGUGGGUAGCUUAGGAAAUCUGUACCAGAGUGUUGCAAAUCUCAAUACUGACUACAUGGUACCAUCCCAGGAUAAGGAUGUUCUCUUAAAACCAAAAGCUCCCCUCACUUCAUCUGAAAUCGCUGGCCUUCUUCCUGCAAAUGAUGCCGGUGCUGGAGACACUCAAGGAUCCUCCCUCUUCAUGUGCCCGGGACGCUGUUCUAAUUAUGUAACAUAUGAUAAGAACAUUCCGUGUCCUCAGCAAUGUGGUCGAAUUAUGAACACUCAACUACAUUGUGUUGGAAAGAACCUUCCUGAUAAGGGAAUUUCCAUCAAGGGUGGGUUUGUGAAAGAAAUUGUUACUUUCAUGGUGAUGGACGAUUUGGUCAUUGAGCCAAUGUCAACCAUUUCAAGUAUUACAUUACUUAACAAGUUCAAUAUCAGAGAGGUUGGUUCCUUGCACGAGAAGGUGGUCGAGUUGGGGAUGGAUGAGGGUGUUAAGUUGCUUAAGGCUUCUCUGCAGUGCAAGACAGUUUUAACAAGUGUGUUUCUCAAGAAGAAUAUGGAGUAG